AUGGCGGCACCGGAGACAUCCACGAGUGACGGAACCAUCGCAGCCGUGGCCAAGCUCGUGCUGAGCGAUAUCUUCUACGGCGAAACUCAGGACCUGCGAGUUCACGUCAACGGUGUGCGUAACAUGGUCAGCUUGAGGGGGGAGCUGGAUUCGUUGGGUAUUGAGUUGGUCAAGAUGGUUCUCCUUGCAGAUCUCCUCACGGCCGUGACUCUGGAGGUUGCUCCGUCCUUCUCAUACCCCGAACUUGUUCUCCAUGAGUCCACCACCUCCUCUCUCAACCACACACGGUUUGGAUUCGAUCAUCCAACCCCCGCGGUCCCUCCCUCACCCCGCACAAAACUACAUUCCUCGACAACAGCAAUGCUAAAAGACAUCGACUUCCUCAUCGACACAGUUCUCGCCUUACCGUCCCGCCCAUCCCCAUGGGACCUCCAAAAGGUCCAGUCCAUGUCAGCCUGGGUGCACGGCCGGCUCCUAUCAUUAGAAGCAACAACAAUAGUAACAACAGAUACAUGCAAGGACCCGACCUCGUCGUCGUCGUCGUCGACAGAUAUGAAUCUCCUCCACCGCGCAGUCCGGCUGGCGUCGCUGGCGUACUGCCGGGCGAUACAGUCGCGGCGUUGCUUCUCGCAGGGGGUGCAACAGGGACAUGUUGUCGAACUGGCCGAGGCCGUCGGUAACGUGCCGCUUGAGACAUGGGAGGGGGCAUCACUCAAGACGCUGCUUUUGCUGCUGGCUGUCGCGCUGCCUACGGCCAGGGAUAUGGAUAUGCAGGAGUGUUGUACCCUGAGGACUAUGAUGGUUGCUGCGGCUGUGCAGAUUGCGUUGACGGACUGGAGUGUGGUGGCGAGGACGAUGAGUCGUGUGGUAGAGCUGCAGGCAUGGCUUCGAGGGUGUCUUGAUUAG